UGGGGAUGAGCACGAGUCUGCGUGCGUCACCGCGUUGCGCAAUAGAAACCGUGCGCACUGGAUGAAAACCCCGGACUGUAAAGUGGGAAUCGUUUAUUUUUGUCUUCCAAGCGUCGCUGGAUCCAAACAAUAACUUCAGGGGGAAGUUAUCCUGCGCUUCUGGCUUUGGUUUGGUGCGCCCUGGAUGUUGCGCCACGCCGCACAGACCUGUGUCUGCCAGCUGGCGCGUGACUGAUACUUUACAUUGAGCUUCACCGUCUCCAGCGACCAGAGCCCGAGCUGGUGUGUUACACGUCUUCAACAUGCGCUCGCUCGUCGUUGUCGCCAGAUGAGAACUGGUUUUGCGUCGCGCCAUGUCCUUCUGUGGGACUGAGGUGGACCAUGAAGUUAUGGGACAGUCUGACCACUUGUUUGAUUCUGCUGAGCGCCGUGCACGCCAGCCCGCUGCUCCGGGACCGGCGCCAGUCAGCGUCCUCCAAGAGGAGAGGGCGCGCCGCCGCCGCCUCCUCCGCCUCCUCGGAGAGUCCCCUGGAGCUCCCGCCGGUUCAGAUCCGCCUGUCGGUCUCUUCCGCGGGCAUCAGCCGCUCUGAGGCGGACACGGCGGACUGGAGGGACACGCUGGCUGCUGGAGAGAAAUACACCAUGGAGGAGCCCCUUCCCGGUGACUUUGAAGAUUUGGUGGAAUUUAUCAAAGUGACCAUCGGUAGAAGACGUCGCUCCUCCACCUCCACCGUGUCCUCAUCUACCUCUUCUUUCUCCACCACCUCCUCCCCCUCCAAAGAAAACUUGAGCGGCAGCACUCGGUACAGAAGGGAGCGAAAGAAAGGGGCGAGCCAGCAGCAAGGUAAAGGAGGAAGAGGAGGAGCUAGAGGCGGAGAGACAGGCCGGAAGGUUAGAGUAGGAGGCGGCAGAGGACAGGGCUGUGUGCUAAAACAGAUCCACCUCAACGUGUCGGACCUGGGUCUGGGCUACCGCUCCGGCGAGGAAAUGAUAUUCAGGUACUGCUCGGGACCCUGCAGGAAGUCCGAGACCAACUACGACAAAAUCCUCUACAACCUCGCUCACAACAGACGGUUUCCUCCCAAGGACACGCCCCCUCAGACUUGUUGUCGGCCAAUAUCGUUUGACGAUGAUCUCUCGUUUCUGGACGACAACCUUGUGUACCACACGAUGAAGAAGCACUCUGCCAGGAGAUGUGGUUGUGUGUAGGGACCAAGAACCGGUGUGAGGCUUUGUGUCAUUUUACAUUCUCUACCACUUUGAAGUUUGAAGUGAUUUUUUUCUCCUAAGACGUUUCACAUUGUGAGGACGUGUGAACCAUGACCCGAGUUCAUCAGUAACUGAGGAGAGGUGGUGGCCUCACUUCAGUUUCUAUUCCAAAGCAACGACUCUUAUUGAUCCACGUCUUCUCCACCUCAGCCACUUCACAAUAUCCACAACUUCUUCUGCAGUGUAACCUCUCAGAUCACAAAUGUGUUUCAAACUCAACCUCAAAGACUGAAACCCAUCAAACACAAUGGAUGAUACAGCAGACUCAAUCCGUCUACUACUGUAUAGCACGUACAGUUACAUGGACACACGUUAUGAAAAGUAUUUAUGAAAUGUUGAAUGUAUUAAUUUAUUGAUAUUUAUUUUGUUUUUAUAAAAGGAAUAAAUGUUAUUUAUUACU